AUGCGCCGUGUAGCAGCGGCACUCCUACCCGAUCCUACUACAUUGUAUAUCUUGGGUUCUCUGGAUCCGAGGACCAAAGGAGAGCCGGCCAUUGGAAAGAAGAAGCGGCCUAUUUUAGGCCGGGAUAGACCGCUGGAGGGCGUGGGGUCCCUUUCUGGGGCUAUCGCGCUUCUGGGUGCGUCCACAGACGGUACCACCUCAAGGGAUGUGCGGUCGGGUGCCAGGCAUGGCGAAGGAGGAUCCUGCCGCGAGGACGGACGCACUAGAGGUACCCAGUCGCGCCCCCAGUUCCAUGCUUCCCAGCACGCCCAGCAGGCCCGCAGCUGGAUGCCCAGCACCACCAUUGCAGGCUGCCCCUGGCGCCGUCGAUUGGCUGGCAAAGUCGGUCCCAGGCUCGUUGGUCUAGUGGCCUUCCCGUCCCCGGCAUUCGACCCUAGCGGCCCAGCGAGCCAGGAGGCACGCCGCACCACGAACCUGCGGCAUAGCCAGCUCCGUCGAAUGGGACUGGCGCUCGACACUUCUCGAUUUUCAUCUCGGUCUGUCGUCUGUCUGCUUCUGCUUCUGCUUCUGCUGUCUGCUGUCUGCUUCGCCUCUACCUCUGGCCCUCAACGCUGUGCUCACGAUCCCGCCCUCACCGUCCUCUCCCUCGCCGGCCACCCAUCGCCGUCGCCAACCCCCAACGACCCGAUCGAGUCGCUCGCGCAUAUCUCUCUCCCCUCCCUCACCACCCCCCGACGCUGCACUCUACCGGGACCACCCAGGCACUCCGCCGCUGUUGACAUCCUACCCUCCGCACCGCUUCUCGCCCGGCGCCUAACCAGCCAUCCCCAGCUGUCUGCAGAUAUCUACCUCCGACGGGCUGCCGUUUCUACCGAGCACCCACCAAGCUCUGCACCGCAUUAUACUGGACAGCGAUCCGUUGACCCUUCCCUCGUCCACGGAUACCUGCAGUCUUGUCAUGCUGUAGCACAUUGCGACCAUCCCGCCACCUCUCGCAAUCCCCUCAUUCCGAUUCUCCUCUUGGCAGGCGGGCCACCAGAUUGCGCCUCUCAUCGCACGGGCAAGCCAGCCGUCUGUCCGUCCCGACAACAAGCCUCGCGUGCAGACUCCUUCCCGUCGACUUCCUCCCGUGGCCAGCCAGCCUCAGAACGCGGCGUCCCAGCCUCGUCCGCAUCCGUCACCCGAACCGUCACAAUUAGCACCCCAAUCCGAAUCCAGUCCAUCCUCUCGCCGCCAGACCCGCCCGACACGGAUGAUACACAGACAAACUCGUCAUAUCAGUCGGCACCCAAGCGCAGAUACGACGACCCGUCGGGUCACCCCGAUGCGUCCUUAAUACCGCCCACGCCUCCAGCACCCCCGGACAGGCGACUCUCCACCGCCACGGAUCUGUCGCAGGGCUCGGGAGUCGGGGGUGUGCCGCGGGGGUAUGUGGACCACGAGAUGAAGCCGGUGCUGGCAGGCUUGACCUUCGAGAGCAAAAAGCAGAACAAGAUGCGCCCGCCCAUGCGCUCCAGCAUCGCUUGUCUGCGCUGUCGCAAGUCCAAGAUCAAGUGUGAGAACAAUGGCGGCACCAGCCCAUGCGACAGCUGUCUCAAGACGGGCAAGGACUGCGUCUUCAAGCUCCCCGAGGCCAACCCCACGCCCCCGAAGAGGAACGAGCCGCCGUCGGCAAUCAAGCAGGAACGGGACGGAGGCUCGGAUCGGAAGAAGCUCAAGAAGAUCGACGAGUUGUCAAAACUGGAUGGGGAGAAGGCUACCCUGUUCGCAGACGAGGUGCUGUCGGCCCCUUUCCUGACCGAAGAUGUCUGGGAUCAGGUUCUUGACCUGUAUAAGCUCCAUUUCGCCCCGGAGCUGCCUUUUCUACAUUUACCGACCAUGAAGGAGAAAUUGGGCCGUAGGUUCAGGAAUCAGCAGCCCGAGUCCAGUGCGGAUUUCAAUCUUGUCUUGCUGGGUGUUCUUACGCUCACCGCCCGGUACCAUACGGACCUGGUCAAGUACCUAGCGCAUAUCUGCAACGCCCAGGGCGGCAACGCAAGGUCGCGCCCGGUGCAGACACAGGUCGACCCGGCCGCAGCCUCCGAGUACUACGCCGAAACCCUCACCCGCGCUCUUGGCUCCGUACGAAAUGCCAUGGGCUCUGCCUCUGUAGAGCGUGUGCAGGCUUUGCUGAUGUUGGGGCUCUACGAGUGGGGCCAGACCCGACCGAAUACUGGAGGUCUCGGUGCGUGGAUGUUUGUGGGCACUGCGAUCAGAAUGGCGCAGUUCUUACAGCUCGGCUUCCUGGAUAGGGAUUUCAGGGCAAUUGGGGAAAAGCUGCAUGAUAAGAAGAAGUCUGGCUCCCAAUCCCAGGAGACCCUGGAGAAGGAAAUCAAGCGGCGCACCAUGUUCAGCUGCUUUGUUCUGGAUCGGAUGCUAUCAUGUGGGAAAGAGAGGCAGGCGAUAUUGCAUCCCAGCAGACUUUCGAUACAGCUGCCUUGCUCGGAGGACAAGUUCGACCUGGCGAUGAACGCAAGCACGGGUUUCCUUGAUCCUCGGGAUGAUGAUCCCAUGGUCUCGGACGACAGCGUUCUGAGUCGUUUCAUCCAGUUAGUGCACCUAUGGGGCGACAUCUCAAGGUAUAGUGUCGAUGGCGGCCGGCUGAUCGAGACCUUGCCCCCUUGGGAUCGGGAGUCCAGCUUUUUCAAGCUUCGGACGCGACUCUUGACAUUCGAAGAAGAAUUACCCGCCACCUUUACCUUCUCGCGAUCCAACUACUUCAAGCAUGAGAAUCACCAAGCUUCCAGCGUUUAUGUGUUAAUGCACAUGCUGAGAAACGUCUGUCUCAUCAUGCUGCAUCGAGAGUAUAUCCCGUUUGUGCCAAUACGCUGCAGUGAGCCAGAAGGUCCAAUCGAUGACCCGAUACCGCCGAAGGACCAAAACCCCCCAGGUUUCUGGCUCGACAGCGCCGAGCAGGUCUUCAAAGGGGCCAGGGAGAUUAUCGACUUGAUUGAGAUUUGCCAGAAGAAGGAUAAACUUCCACAGUCGACAAUCGUCUUGUUCGCGAUUUGGACCGCAGCUUUCGUGUCACUGUAUGCCAUACAUUUCGAGCAGAUGGACACGCAGCAGCAUAUUCUCAGUUAUAAGUGGAAUGAGCCAGCGGAGAACGAGCAAGUGGAUAUCUUUCGGCAUGGCCCGCUAGGUCUGGCGAAUACGACGCUUAACAAGAUGUCCAUCUGUCUGAGCAUGGCCACUACCUAUGUCACAGUACUGCAGAAGAUGGACGUGUAUUUUGUCCGAAUCAAGCAGGACUAUCAUAAUCAUGUCAAGGAGAACAAGGGGCUGAGCGAAAAGACUAGCUUGAGUCUUCGUCUUGGUGGGAGAGGCGGCGGCUUGGAAGAGUACAAAAACCUUCCCAUGUUGAAGGAGUUUGGCUACCUACAACCUCACGACCAUUCCUCGAUGGAUCAUCCAGAUCGGUCACGGGCAAGCACCAUGGAUCGCAUGUCACCAAUUACAUCCGACAAUCACCUGCCACCUAUAGAUCGCGGUGGGCCGCCAAGAUCUAUGCCGUCGGGUUCUUUCACUGCUAUCAACCAUGCAGGCCCGUAUGGCCUGAAUGGUUCUGCUGGUCAUCGCCUGGAAGAUGCACAUACCGACAACUGGAACCGCCCCUCGAAUCUAAUACGCCAAGCUCAGUCUCCAAAUCAGGCCAUAGCAUCAUCAACCUUGGCGAUGCUGAAUUCUUCUACGGCGGUGGCACAGUCCUCGCCGUCUGACGACGAAUACUCGCUGUUUGACCAAGAGCGGAAACGUUUCGCCAACACCAAUGAUCUGACUAUCUUGACGCAGAACAACGACCCAUGGAUGGAUGCUCAACAGUUUCCAUUCUUCGACCUACCGAAUGAUCUGUAUACGUAA